AUGGAUUUACUGACAUCUUUUUAUUUGUGUCGAGAAUCUGAUUCUGGUGAUUUGAUAAUCUACAAUUAUAACCCAUUUAUCAACUAUGCACCGUAUCCAUGGAGAAGCACUGAAACAACUAGUCAAGAAAUGGCGGGGGAGGGAACACUAUUUCAUCAACAUUUCAAUAAUGAUUCUUUUGCUGAGACUGUCAAAAAAGGAUAUUUGAAAGCAUUAGCUAGUGUCACUAUUUGUACAGUAAUACACAAUUACUUUGCAUUCGGUGUUUCUCUUUUAGAUGUUUUUAGUCUGAUAUUUAAUAUGGGAAUAAUGACGCCUCUUGAUAGAUUGUCGAUGCGGAUUGUGUUCGUCAUAGCAUCUUUCUUUAUUUUUUUGGCAUCCUCAGCUGUUCAGAGUAAAAUAUCAGCUCUUUUAGCGAGACCGUCUCGUUACAGUAUUGACACUUUACAAAACUUGUUCGAUCAUCGUUAUCAUGUAUUUUAUUAUCCGGACUUACAUCAGGAUAUCUCAGAUCAAAAUAUAUGGGUUACUGACGAUGAUAAAAAAUUCUUGCACCCUUGUGAAUAUCCUGAACUAUUUAAAUGCACCAAAAAUGCUGGUAAAAAUUCUACAAUCGCUUGUAUUUAUAAAUAG